AUGUCCGCGAAUCAAGAGAACAAAGUCAUCCGUGUCGGCGUAAUCGGCUGUGGUGAACUGAUGCAGGUAGUUCAUCUUCCCGUUUUAACAGUACUCACCGAUUACUUCCGUAUCACAGCACUCUGUGAUGUCUCGCAAAAUGUGCUCCAGUACUGCAGCCGUCUUAUUAAGCCCACGCCUAAACUCACCACAUCUGCGAUGGAAAUUUGUUCCUCUCCGGACGUCGACGGUGUCAUCAUAUGCAGCAACUCGGCUCUCCAUACAAUCCACAUGACCCUUGCGUUGCAAAACAAUAAGCAUGUUUGCGUCGAAAAACCCGUCACCUAUAACUUCCGGGACAUCGCAAUUCUGACCGAGGCUGAGCAAAAGUCAAAAUGCUCGAUAUUCGUGGCAUACAUGCGCCGUUAUGCACCCGCCUUUCUCUCCGCUCUCGAGGAAGUUGGCGAUCGGAGCCAGAUUCAAUAUGCCCGAAUCCGCGCCAUCAUGGGGCAAAAUUCGGACUAUGUCAAGCAAUCCGGCAUGUUCCCCAAGCGGUUCAACGACAUCUCUCCGGCCGUCAGGAAAGAGUUGCUGGAGAAAGACAUCGAUAUGAAAGACCAGGCGCUGGCUGAGUUCGGAGUGCCCGUUAACGACCAAACCAGGACCAUUCUUUUCUGGCUCGGUGCACUAGGGACACACGACCUGUCAGCAAUGCGAGAAUCGCUUGGAUUGCCACGGGCUGUGGCAGGAGCGCACUUAAAGCCUCCGAUCUGGUCUGCGAUCCUUGAAUAUGACGGCUUUUCUGUCACAUAUGAGUCCGGGAUGAACUCCGUGCCCGACUUUGACACGCAUAUCGAGAUCUAUACCAAGGACAAAAUCGUACAGGUGAAGUAUGAACAGCCAUAUAUCAAAGGAUUGCCGACGAUGAUGAAGGUUAGAGAGAGAAUUACCGGCCGGAAUGGACAAACUGCAUACCAGGAGAGAAUUGUCAGAGAGACAUACGAGGACAACUACACGCUCGAGUUGAAGGCCUGGUACAACUCCAUUACGGAGGACAAGCGUCCUAAGACCACGCUGGAGGAUGCCGCGGAGGAUCUGAAGAUUUUCAAGAUGCUGAUGCAGGCUGCAUUUUGCAAGUCCUGA